AUUUAAGCCGAGUACGCACAGUACAAAAUUUUUGCAUUGUUUAAAUUUUGUUUGACAAGUUUGCUGUAUAUAAAUAUAUAAAAUGUCUAUUACAGUUUCUAUUAAUUCAAAGAUUUUAUUAUAUUAUGUAUUAAAUGCAUAAAAUAUAUCUCCUAGCUUUUAAUGUUAAAUGUGAUCUAGUUAUGUCAAGUAACAAUGUAUUGUAUUACGAUGAAUGAAGAUAAAAGUAUGUUCAAUAAAUUAUUUGACAAAAUUUGAAGUUUUUCUGUAAUUUAUCAGAUUUCGAAACCUAGCAUAAUUAUAAUUUGGUUAAGACCGUAUAUAUAAAAGCCUAAGGCUAAUUACCGAAAAUCUUUUUUUUAAUAUACGUAAGUAUGUCUAUAUUAAGACUAUUGUUGAUUAGAGUAUGUAUUGAGUUAUAUAUACACAGAUCAAUUUAAUUAUAUGUACCUACAUAAUUUCAACUUCCGGAAAUUUUGUUGUCAUUCGCGCUUGAAAAUUUUAUUCAAAUAUACUCAUUAUUUUAAAAUUAUAAAGCUACAAAGACGUUUGCAAACCACUCUCAUUGCGUAUGAUUCGUCCAUAAUAAAACUAGUUUGUAUUAAAUUACACGCGUGAAUAAAACUUAUGAAUAUACACGUUGCUUCAGAUAUUACAAACCUACUUUUACUGGUGAGUUAUGCAUUACACGAUUUUCAGCAAUCGUGUGUAAGCCACGAGCGUGCAAUGUAUUUUCAAAUAAAACUUAAUUGUGCUCUGUUUCAUUAAUAAUUUGUAAUGGAAUCUAAGGCGGUACUAUUCUUUACUGUGAUGGGAUGUCUGAGUUGGUGCUCUAGCGGAAAUUCUAGCGAAGAAGGGCAAUCACUGCAGAGAAUUCCGGUAGAUGGCAUACGACCCACAUCCGAUACGGAAACAAGUACCAACCAGUCAUGGAGAAGCUGGAGACCUUGGAAAUUCUGGCAAUGGGGUUAACAUUAUUGAUUAGUUUCUUAAGCUUUCAUAAAUAUCAUAUUUUUAUACGGAUUUUUCUUAUUAGGUGGGUCCGCGUUAAGAGACGGCCUAACACACUCUUAUGAUCUAAUACAGAGUGCGUCUAGAAGACCUUACUUUUAUAACCAUCACCUUAAUCACAGACCUAAGCUGAAGAGAAAAAUUAAAUUUCUUUUAAAAAUACAAAACUUUGAAAGAUACGUAUGUUGUUUUAUUUUUAUGGACCGAAUCGGCUUCCAGUGGAGGUCUUCCCAGGGAGAUACGGCCUUCAAUUAUUUAAAAAAAGCAUAAUCCUUUCUAGCACUAGCAUGGAUGUAUGGCCGGUACUUGCCUUUUUAUGGCUGUUCUGCCCUGCGAUUCUGUAACUCACUUUUCGAACUCACACAGCGGUUUUCGCUUCGGCGGUCGCUCUCAAAUCAGUCGUGAAGCAGUCAUUUUAUGAUUUGGCAUUCUGAUAAACAAUAAACUACAAGCUCCCACCUUUUCAGAGUUACAGAAUCGCAGGGCAGUAGUCUGGUUUGCCCCAUACAGAAAAAAGUUCACCUAUGGUAAUGGAGUGUUUAAAUACGUUACCUAAAUACUCGUAAUGCCCAAAUCUAGAUUAGACAUCACACUCACACAUACAACAGACUAGAUAACAGGUGCUUGACAGCCAAUUGACAUGACGGCAGGAAAAUAUAUUUUGCAAUAUAACGAAUUAGAUACUGGAGCUGGAUUAAAGGACUUGAGAUUAACUAACAAUAAUAUUGCAUCAUGUAUUAUGUGGACUCACAGAAAACUUUAACGCGCCGCGAAAGUUCUCUUGUCGUUGAAAAAGAUGAAACUAAAAGCGACUAUGAGGCGUUGUCUACCGCGCGUGGUCAAUCCACGGCGCGUCUUGUUAGCGAAUCGGGGGCUUCCCUAAUAGCCCGACAGAGGGGUUCUGUUCAGAGGGAACUGGUCACUCAGUUGUUUGAGUCUAUGCUAGAUCAUAUUGUAGAAUCGUGGUCGGUUAUAGAACCUCCAAAACCGGAGGAAGGCCCCACAGAAUUUCCACGCACAGCUAGUGAAUUAACAUUGCCAGGCAAAAAGAAGAAAGCUAUUAGUGGAAAAUCCAGUAAAAACAAACGAAGUCAGUCGAAAAUUGAUUUAGACAAUACACAGCAAGAAACAGCUUUGCCUCAAGGUCACUGGUCAUGUCCAGACGAAAGAGCUAUUAUAAAAUUUCGUAAUGGAAAUUUGUAUGAAGGUAGUAUAUCAAUGAAAUGCAUGCACGGAGAGGGACGUUUUCAAUGGGCCGACGGAACAGUUUAUUUAGGACAAUUUAAAGACAAUGAAAUACGAGGCAAAGGUUUUAUUCAAUGGAAGGAUGACACUUGGUAUGAAGGCCAGUUUGUGGGGAACCUUCGUCACGGCGCAGGAUUAUACGUAGACUCACGGAAACAGCGCUCUUACGCAGGCGGAUGGUUCUCCGGCACUAAGCAUGGCUUCGGAGCAAUAUACUAUUCAGGAUCAUUUAAAAAUUCUUAUAAUGGAGAGUGGGUUUCGAACGUUCGUCAUGGCUUUGGAUCUCGUGAAUAUUGUGCCUUAAGUGGUUAUAAAGGCUAUUGGGACUACUAUGUCAGAGAAGGAAAAGGUUUAAUGAUAUGGCCUAAUCACGACUUUUAUAGAGGCGAGUGGAAAAAUGGCGUCAUGUCUGGUUAUGGGAUUUAUAUUUGGGAUUCCUAUUAUAACAACGACAUGUCUUUACCCUCCAUUACUGCAUACAGGGGGAAUUGGGAUAAAGGCCAGCGACAUGGAUAUGGUAUACUUAACCUUGGCUUCGGUUUAGGCUCAUAUUACAAAGGCGAGUUUAAAAAUAAUAACAAGCAUGGUCCAGGGACUGUUAUUACAAAUAAUGGGCUUAUAUUGCAGGACAAAAUGUUGUUUAUAGACGACAAUUUUGGUCCAUUGAACUCUAAUCAAGAGCACAAUAAUUAUACAUUAGAAUGCAAACGAAGCCAAACGCAAGAGCCAUUCGAAUUUGACAUUUGUGAUCAAUAUAUUGGCCUUUUCUAUCAUAUUGAGCAAGCACUUAAGGAGCUUGAUAAAGAACAAGAAACGAGAGAUAUGUUGAUAAGGGAAUUUUAUGAAAAUAAUAAAAUUCUGGGUUCUAUAUCUCUACAAAAGAACGAGAAUAUUAAAGAGAAUGAGAUAGAUUUCAAAUUCGAAGAAUUUUUGAAAUUUGAAGAAACUUCAUUGCGUAAAGCGCUGCAAUGUUAUGAAAUACAACUCAAACAAAUUUACUAUAAAUACGCUACAAUUUGUAACGAAGAAGAAAUUUACUAUACGCCAAUCCUGAUUCGUCUAUACUUAUGGCAGCUCUAUUUCGAUUGUAACAUUCACGAGAAACAUUUAACACUAGUAGAAAUCGAUAACAUUUUUCAUGCUAAUCCAGAAUGGCUUGCCAGGUCGCCUCACAAUCCUUUUGAAAAAAUUUACUUCUGGCAAUUUCUGCACGGUCUUAUAUCGAUUGCUAGGAAGUUGUAUGCUAAACGGCAUUUGCCUGAAAAAAGACCUGACACGAUUCUGGCCAGUGCAUUUAGGAAUUUUAUGGACAACGAUGUUCUACCAGGAGUUGGUCGUAAAAAAGGAUUUCUCACUAGUGGAUAUGGCUUAUUUGUGCCCUUGACAGGAACCUAUAAUUUGUACCGUUGCUUAGGAGAGCCAUGUACUGUACGAGACUUUUUAUGUGCAAUGAAAAGACCACAGCAUUGCACAGAUUUACUACAACCAACAUUUAGAGAUGAUGAAGUAUUGCUAGGUCGAAAUGCUUAUGUAUUUGGCGAUGAACUUACCUUUAUUUCAGAGUCCGCGCAGUUAGAAGACAAUACUAAGGAAGAUCUAAAGCUGUUCAACAUUGGCAACCUCUCGAGUAAAGCUGUGAUUCUCUUUUUCUCAUCAAUUUUCCCGCAAAUUAUAAAAGAUGACAAAAUCAUGAGCCUCGACGUAAAAUUAACUUUCUUUGAAUUUUAUCAAGUCCUCAUCGCUUGCGUUGAAGAAAGCAUUCGUUUAAGAAAUGAAGAGUUAAAGUCUCAGGAAAAAUCCACAACAAGUAUUCCUACAGAUAACUUGCCUAAGUUAAAAUAAUUUUCAUUUCUCAAUUCUUAAUAAAUUAAUUUGUAAUAAUGGAACUAAGCAUUUUUUGUUAUCCUAUCCUGAGCUCAGUGGUGCACAUGGGUUUGCAAUAUGAUAACGCUCGUAACUUGGAAGCGCGGCUACUUGUUUUAUAAUUUUGAACCACCAACUAAACCGAAGGAGGUUUACAAUACGACGCGUAUGUUUUUGAUGUGACAACGUCCUUUAAUUCGAUGGAGCCAGCUACACGCACGAAAAACAUGACGCAUGCGGCGUUACCUCGCUCUGAGGCGUUCCAUUUAAGGCUUGAAGUGCAAGCGAGAGCGCGGAACGAGCG